UUCGAGCAUCAGAAGUAAUUUGCUUUCGUACCACUGACAACUUGUAAGUUUCGCAUCCAGAGAAUUUCAAGAUGACUGGCCGUGGAAAGGGAGGAAAGGGAUUGGGAAAAGGAGGAGCGAAGCGUCACAGGAAGGUACUUCGUGAUAACAUCCAAGGUAUCACGAAGCCUGCCAUUCGUCGUUUGGCUCGUCGUGGCGGUGUAAAACGUAUUUCUGGCCUGAUUUAUGAAGAAACUCGUGGUGUUCUAAAAGUCUUCCUGGAAAACGUUAUUCGUGACGCGGUUACCUAUACCGAGCACGCAAAACGAAAGACUGUGACUGCCAUGGACGUAGUCUACGCUCUCAAGAGGCAAGGACGUACUCUGUAUGGUUUCGGAGGUUAAGGACAAAGUCUUCGACGUGCGACUAUCAACAAUCGGCCCUUUUCAGG